CAAGAAACGAAACGCCUCACAUACCAAGAAGGUCAGACAUUUUGUUGUUUGGAGACACGAAACCUUCAAGGUAGUUAUAAAAUCGAAGAGACAACAUGGCCACAAAGACAUCAUCUCGCCAGACUAAGUCAGGUUUCGUAGAUAACUGGCAGAGAGGGAAGUCAGUCAUCGAAUGCCUGAAACAUUCAUUUGAACAAAAGGUCCACGUUGACGUCACUUUCCAAGUGGGGCAGACACGAAAGAGUGUGCAGGCGCACACACUCAUACUGAGUCUGCGCAGCUGCGUCUUUGACAGUAUGCUGAAAGGACCAAUGGCUAACCAAAAUAACAUCGCCAUACCCGAUGUGGAAGCUGAGAUAUUUGAAGAGUUUUUAAAGUAUCUGUAUACAGAUGCCAUCAUGAUCAAUGGUGGCAAUGUAAUCGGUUUGCUGUAUGUAUCCAAGAAGUAUGACAUCAGUACCCUGGAACAGCUCUGUCUGACGUAUUUGUCGUCAUCAAUGACGGCAGACAACGCUUGCUCCGUAAUGGAGCAAGCCCAUUUUUAUAACGAAAUUCACCUGAUGCAGAAAGCGUACAACUAUAUUUUAUCAGAUGGUGAUGCUGCUCUGAAGUCAGCUGGAGUUACCUCUCUUUGCCACGAAUGCUUGGUUCAGAUCGUAAAAGCGGACAACCUGAAAGCAGAUGAAAAAUCGUCUUUGAAGCUGCUGUGGUCUGGAGUGAGAGCGCGUGCAGGAAACAAAACAAAGAUUUAAGUCCGGAAACCAGACGAGAAGUACUUGGAGAAGUCAUAACACACAUGCGCUAUCCAUUACUGGAACAGAAAUAUUUCGUGAAAAACGUCGUAGCUACUAAACUGUUGAACAGUUGUGAGCAAAAUAAGAUUUUAAGGUAUGCACUGUGUCCAGAUGAAAAUGUUUCCCCGUUUAACGCCAACACGCGGACUGGUGUCAUACAGAGAGAACAGACAGCCACAGAGAUUCACACACAACCUGUAACAAUACACAGAUUACAGAAUACAGUGUAUGGGUCGUGCCCCUUGCCGUGUCCAGGUGAUCGUGACGACGCAAUCAUGUUCUUUGUAAACCAAAACGCAUCACUGCGAGGAUUUCAGCUAUAUGGUGUCAGUAACCGUACGCCUCCAAGAUAUGACGUCAGAGCCAUCCUAACCAACGCGACAACAGGUGAACUAAUCAAAGGGUCAUCAGUAACAAAGACAGUCGUAGUUUUGACGUCACCAUAUGAUGUAGAGUUUGCUCGUCCCAUACAGCUGACCAAAUAUGAGAUAUACAAUCUGGUUGUUAACAUUGAGGGACCUGGCUCACGAUGUGCGUUGUCAGGCAGAUCUACAGUACAACACGGCUCCUUUGCGUGCUCGUUUUUUAACCCACACAAAUCUAAACAGAGAGGACUCGGCCGUACACAUGUUGAAGGAGGACAGAUUCCAGGUUUAUUAUUUCUGAUAUCAAAACCCCCGAGAUUACUCUCAUCAUAAUAUACUAAAACGCAAAAGAAACGCAGGUCCUGAAAAUGCGAAAGAAUUGCACUUUGUAAAGCAGUAUCUUUGGUGGAAUUGAACCUCAACUGUGUUAAAGGACAUGGCACA